CACAAGCCCCUACACACAUAAAAAGAUAACCAAGUAGUCAUGUUCAUGGCUUUCUUCUUCAAAGCUUCAAGCAUACCAACACUAAUCUUUCUAUUAUUAUCAUGUAACCUGAUCCGAAUAUCCGAAACUCAAACGCCAGCGCCUGCACCGGGCCUGUCGUACGAUUUCUACCGGACUAGAUGCCCUCGGCUUGAAACGAUUAUACGACAAAACCUUCAAUCGGUUUUCGCUUCGGAUAUUGGCCAGGCUGCUGGUUUGCUUCGACUUCACUUCCAUGAUUGCUUUGUUCAAGGUUGUGAUGGUUCGGUGUUGUUGGAUGGUUCAGCUAGCGGACCAAGUGAAAAGGAUGCACCACCAAACUUGAGUUUGAGAGCACAAGCAUUCGUGAUCAUCGAAAAUCUUCGUAGGCUUGUUCACAAUGCUUGUAACCGCACGGUCUCAUGUUCUGAUAUUACUGCUCUUGCUGCUCGUGAUGCGGUAUUCCUAUCGGGCGGUCCUAACUAUAGUAUACCCUUGGGAAGACGUGACGGGCUUACCUUCGCUACAAGAAACGUCACACUAGCCAAUCUUCCUCCACCCUCCGCAAACACGACUACCUUAUUGAACUCCCUUGGCCAAAAAGGGUUCACUCCCACCGAUGUAGUAGCACUCUCUGGCGGCCACACUAUUGGGAUAGCCCAUUGCACCUCAUUCACCGGUCGGCUAUACCCAACCCGAGAUCCAACCAUGGACCAAACCUUUUUCAACAAUCUAAGAACAACAUGCCCCACAACAAACUCUACAAACACCACUUUCAUGGACAUUCGGUCCCCCAACGUGUUUGACAAUAGGUAUUAUGUUGACCUCAUGAACCGUCAAGGACUAUUCACCUCAGACCAGGACUUGUACACGGAUAGCAGGACUCGAAGCAUUGUCACAAACUUUGCCGUUAACCAAACGUUGUUUUACCAAAACUUUGUGAAUGCAAUGAUAAAGAUGGGGCAAUUGAGCGUGUUGACCGGCACGCAAGGGGAGAUACGUUCAAAUUGCUCUCGUAGAAACUCAAACGACUUGUUCAUGUUUCCCGACAUGGAAAGCGAUCAAGACGGGAAGUUGGCAUCGUAUUAGGCGUGGUCUCGUGUUUAAGAAUCACUUCCUCGAAAUAAUAUGUAAGAUCUCAUGAAAUGAUGUACGUUUCUGAGUGAUGAAUAUGUAGUGUCUUGUAUGCUGAUAUAAAUAAUACGAGGUCUUUUUUAUAUGGUUA